AUGAGACUGAUAACGCAUAAUCUUCUCGCAUGUAAUGUCAAAAGUUGUACAAAUGGGUAUCCCCUUAGAAUUGACAGUGAAGCUAUUAUCGUGAAGGAGAAGAAUAAGAUAGAUCGAGAGUUUGUUGAAAAAAUGCUCACUCGCCUAGAUUAUUAUGUGUUGCAUUCUGCAGCUAAAAGUAUCGGAAUAGACAUCCCCCCUACCUACGAUCGCGACGUUCAGCUUAGUGAUGAAUUUAUAGACACAGUUGGGAAUACAAUUUUAAAUGUAUCAGUUAAGGAGGGCAAAUUGGUAUGCCCAUCAUGUGCUCAUGUGUUUACAAUUAAGAAUGGAAUCCCUAACAUGGUCUUGAAGGAUGAAUGA